UGAGCUGAAAGACUUGUCAUAAGGUUUUCUUCUUCCCUCGGAAAACAUUAAAAAAAUAUUCCUUGAAAAUGAUGAAUUAGCCAUCCACUACAAUAAAUGGUAAGAGAAUAAUGCUGUAAAAUGAGUGAAGAGGAGGUCAUCACCAAGGCUCGACAAUCAAUCAAAGAAACCUUACAAAAGCUUGAAAAAUACCAAGUUUACCUAAAUUCAGAACUCACAGAUUUAACCUCAACAAAGGAAGUUGUCAAGGACAGUCUUUCAAAAGCACGACAAGAGGUGGAGGUUAACUUCACCAAGAUUCAGAAUGACGUACUUGAAGCCCUUGAUGGUAGGCAGAAGGAGAUCCUUGCUACAAUCGAUGAUGUUGGACACAAAGAUUUAGAACCCUUGAAUAAUCUUGAAGAUAAAAUCACUGGAGAAUUGGAAAAAGUACAAGAAGUAAUAAAAGAAGGUAAUACUACUUUGGAAAAAGAAGAUUCUAUGUUGCUAGAAGAACUGCAUCAAAUAAAGAAAAACCUGACCCUAACAGAAAAUAGGUAUCCAAGUGUGCCAUGUAUCUCUCAAACUCUUUCUGUCACAUUUGAAGAAAGUCCAGAAGCAUUUAUUGAGACCAUCAAUCACCUUGGUGAAAUCUCAAUGACAGGAUCGCUACAGAUAGUUGAACUGACAGAACGUCCAGGAGGAAUGCAUGUAGAGUGGGAUGACACUUUUUCAGAUUGUGAAUCAAUCACUGAUUACAGUGGAAUACAGGAGUAUAUACUACAGUGCUGCUGCAGUGACAACAAGAAUGCCAGUGGCACCGUCUUCAAUACUGUAUACACUGGAGAAGAGAUGUCAUAUACUGUGACAGACCUUGAACCUCAUGUCUCUUACACAUUCCGUGUUUGUGGGAGAUUUGGGAAGGAUGGUCGCUGGAGCUCAUGGAGCAUCCCUAGAAAUGGAAUUACUACAUUAGAUCCACAUGAAUGGUCUCCUGAAGACUGUGUCAACCGUAACAAGCUGGUUAUCUACCAGCUAAGCAACCACCAACGAACAGCAACUAAAAUCUUCCCAGAUAGUUCUAAAGUUUUAAGGUCUAAAACUAUGAGUUACAGAGUAGGUACCUCACUUCAGUUCAAGAUUGACGAAACAGGUGAUGACAGCAACGGUGAUGGCAUAGGUUUAACAACAACAUCAUUCGACUUUAGCAACCCAAAACAAAAUCUGCAAUGCCCGGGAUCGGUGAGCAUCAACUCUAAGGGACUGGUGUAUGUAAAUGGCACCUGCAUGACAACAAGACUACCACCGUUCAAGCGAGGGUCUACAAUAAUCUUUGAAGUCAAUAAACUUACCCCAGGGAAGGUGCGUGUGUCAAUCAGCAUUGAUGACAAACAAGUCACAUUUGAUUGGCAGAUAGAUAAGGAUGAUGACUGCGCCAAGCUGUAUUUUGCAAUGGGAUUUCAGCACUCAGGAUGGCAAGUUACAGUUUAAUGAACUUCAUUCAUCCUUUGCUAUCUCUAGCUUUUCUAGACAAAUUUGUACGAAAAAAUAGAAUUGAAAAUCAUUUUGUUAGAGCACACGCCUAUAGAUCUGAUUACACAUUCUACAAAUUUAUUGACAUCUUUAUAAUAUUGCAUUUAUUAAUUUCUCCUUAUUGCUUACAGUCAAACCACCUCAAGCGUGAACACGUAGAGGUCAUUAAUGACUUUAUUUUUGGAUUCUUGAUUUUAUUAUUCAAUUUGAAGAUUCAUUAAUGAAAAUGAAUCUUCAAUAUUCAAAAAAAAAAAAAAAAAAAAAGAAAAAAAUUUUUAAUUCAAUAUUAUUAACUUGGCUUGUAGGCUCUGGUUUGUUGUGCAAACAGAAGGUAAGUCAUUAACAUUACAUAUUCCUUGCACAAAAAGUCGUUUUUGCAUUUCAGCUGCAUAAAUGCUUGGCUUUUGUAUAUGCUAGGCUUUGAAGAUUCGUUUUCAAUAAUGAAUGUUUGAAUUGAAUAAUGAAAUGAAGAAUCCAAAAAUAAAGUCAUUAAUGACCUCUACGUGUUCACGCUGGAGGUGGUUUGACUGUAAUUAUCACAUUUUUAUUUGAUAAAGAAAAUUUGGAUACAAAAAGUUUCACAAAAUUUAGGGCAACAUUAUACUAAGCAUGGCUUAAAAUGACAGCUGAUCAGACACUGGUCAUCAUCACAGGCCAAAUUAGUUUUAGCUUAGUCAUACCUUAUUUCUGGCUGAACAAUGCUGGUCAAAAUGACUGACAAGGCAAAGAUUUGACCAGACCAGUCUCAGCACUGGCCGGACAUUGUCUGAUGGCCUGCUGUUAUUUUUAGCCCUGCUAAGAAAUACUUAAUUAUGGCAUCUGAUGAAAAAUGCAAAAGUAUUAUAGUAAGAUAUUCUAGCAAAGAUUUUUUUAUAAGCCACACUAAAAAGAGAAUUGCCCUCAUCAUACCUCAAAUCUUACUUUAAUAGUUAAUAGAAUGAUGCCCUGAAACAACCUCUGGGCUGAUCAUGGCUAAUCAGGGACAUUUUCUGAUUUGUCCAGUUUUUGAAAUUUUUCAGUUUUUCUUACAUUUUUUACAUUUUAAAAAUAUUUUUAUUUUAUUUUUUCCCCGAAAGUUGGUCUGGUUGAAACUUGACCAACUACGGCCCUGCUAAUUAAUGAUUCACAGAAUGAAUGCGAGGUUAACAUGAAAAUACAAAAUAAAUCCCACAAACUACAUUGAGAAAAGGUGUAAUUUUUUUUGUAUUUUAUAUGUUAGCCUUGUUAGGGUCCAUUGGAAUCUAUUCAGUGUUUGGUUUUGAGGAAGGGGAAAACUAGAGAAGUUAGAGAAAACCCCUUAAAUCAAGGGGAGACCAAACAAAACCUUUGUUGGAUAAAAGCCAAAUUAAUUAGAUGGAUUGAAGUUCAAGAUUAUGAAUUCUGAAGUCAUUUACAACGAAUCUGAUCCAGUUAGGGAAAAUAAUUUUUCAAUUCUAGCUAGACCAAGUCAUUUCCUUACGAAAAAAAAUUCUUGCAUGAUUCUCAUUCAUAUUCAUUUGUCUUCUCAAGCAUAGUUGGUAAACAAAGAAAUGAUACUAAGGGGAAAUACAUAAUAAUAUGGUCUGAAAUCAGGAACCUGAGCGAUGAUUAAAAUAGACAAAGCAUGAAAA